UAGGUAUUUUUACGUCUAUCUGGGUGACAAGUGAAAUCGGUGAAAUUAUUUAUUUAUAAUAGGAUUACUUUACAAAAAUGUCGUUUUUCGGAGUAGGGAAUCCUUUUGCUUCGCCUGUUGGCCAGAAAAUAGAACAAGCUACAGAUGGAUCGUUGCCGUCGGAAAAUUGGGCUCUUAACAUGGAAAUAUGUGAUAUUAUUAAUAGUAGUACAGAUGGACCUAAAGAUGCCAUCAAAGCUAUACGAAAGAGAUUGACUCAGAGUGCUGGAAAAAACUACACCAUAGUAAUGUACACUCUAACAGUGCUCGAAACUUGCGUCAAGAAUUGUGGAAAGAGCUUCCAUGUAUUAGUUUGCAACAAGGAGUUCAUUACUGAACUGGUGAAACUUAUUGGGCCUAAAAAUGAUCCCCCAACAGUUGUCCAAGAGAAAGUUCUUAGCCUCAUCCAAUGCUGGGCAGAUGCUUUCCAAAAUCAGCCAGAACUACAGGGAGUGGGUCAAGUAUACAAUGAGCUGCGAACCAAAGGUGUUGAGUUUCCAAUGACAGAUUUAGAUGCUAUGGCGCCUAUAUUUACGCCACAAAGAAGUGUGCCAGAUGGAGGUGAGCCCAUCGUUGGUUCUCCUCAACGCGCUGCCAUCCCGCAAAAUUCGCCCAGUCGGCCCACACAGGAGCAAAUUUCGGGCACACAGGUGACGCUGUCCGAGAGCCAGACGAGCAAGCUGCGCGCCGACCUGUCGGUGGUGGAAGGCAACAUGACCGUCAUGAACGACAUGCUCACCGAGCUCACCGCGCAGCCCUACCACCAGCACCACGACACCGACAUCGAGCUGCUCAACGAGCUGGCGGACACGCUGCGCGCGAUGCAGGCGCGCGUGGCGGAGCUGGUGGCGCGCCUGGCGGGCGAGAGCGCGCUCACGGCCGAGCUGCUGCUCACCAACGACCGCCUGCACAACCUGCUGCUGCGCCACUCGCGCUUCCUCAACAACAGAAUCGCCGCAACCGGUGGAGCGACUCCAUCCGCCAUCUUGGGUGCCGCUAUGGGGGUCCCCGGUACGACCUCGCCGGAAAAGACCGAAGAUGACGCUCUCAUUGAUCUCAGUGAUGACGUGCCCGACGUAGCUAAACUAACCGUAAAAGACGAGCAGCCCGACAAGUCUCCGAGCAGUUCCAAGGACGAGUUCGACAUGUUCGCGCAGUCGCGGAACGUCACCUACGAGACCGCCAAGACUGGGGGCAGCAGCUACGCCGACAACGCGGAGGAGCAGCGCAGCGCCGGCCUCGCCGCCGCCGCGCAGCUGCGCCCCGCCGCCGCGCUCCCGACUGGAAUGGAUCAGAGAGAAUUCGAUGAGAUAUCGGCUUGGUUAGCGCAGGAGAAGGCGGCCUCGGAAGCGAAUGGAGCCCAAGAGAGUGUGACCAGCAGUGACUUCGACAAGUUCCUCGCCGAGAGAGCCGCUGCCGCCGAAAAUCUACCCAACGCCGGGGAGAACCGAGCUCAAAACAAUCAAGCGACCCCGCGACACAGGCAGAUCAAGAAAGACGAAGACUCCAUGUUCGCGCUCUGAUUUGUUUCGACAUCGACGUAAACGGUUCGCUGCUUCACUGCUAAUAUUUGUUUAUGAGAUAGAUGAGAACGUGGUUCGUAAUUCGUAACCAAAAGUAUUAUAAAAUCAACAAAUCUAUGGUUAUUUACAAUCGAAGUUGAAUAAAACAAUCUGACAUCGUUCUAGAUUAAGUUUGGAGUACAAGUUGGAGUCAUGUCUCUACCAAUCAUGUUGCAUAUUCUAAACUUACCUAAUUUGACCAUCGACCAAUCUUAAACUGGUUGGUUUCUUUCUCAUGAAUGAGGUUAAAAAUCAAUAGUCUUUAACUAUUUGUUAUGUUAAAUUACUUUAAUAUAGACAUUACAUACAAAAUACUUCCCACCAGUAUGAAGAAAUUAAAUAACUCGAACGUAGCAUUUGAAAACAUUAUUUAUUGUUAAGAAUUAUAUUUAAAAUAAUAUAUAACUCAAUCCGAAGCAAGUCUCGAAGGGAUAACGGGAAGUGACAAUUUUUAAAUAAAUAUAGCAGUGAAUGCUAGACAUGCGUGUGCGCAUCUUUCACGAAAUUAAGUUUAAAUGUUUUUUCGCAUCGAAUUAUGCAUCUUUAAAAUUAAUUCACAUUAUUUCAUAGUGAUAAUAACAUGGUUCUAUACAAUAGCUCGACUUAAAGAUGCCGAAUGGUGCCUGGCUUUUAUAAUGAAAUAUAUUAAGCAAAGAAAACCUCUGAACAUCUUAUGUAUCAUGAUAGGAAACAAUAAUUAAAAAUAUAAAUAAGUUAGCGAUUAUUUAUUAAAGUUUACUUUAUAGUAAAUUUUUUGUUACAAAAAUUUGAGAUUAUGUUAAGCGUCAUUUAAACAAAAUCAAUGCAUUUUAAAUAACGACUGCGAUGUAAAUUUAUCGCAUUUAUUGCAUAUGCUGGUAUAUAUACAAUCAAAUAUUCUUUAUAUGAAUAUGUAUAUAUAAAUUUGAAUGAGGGAGCAUUUAUGAAUACCAUUAUAUUGUAUUAUUGUUGCAUAUGUGUGUUUGACUAUUUAAAAAAUACAUUUUUUAUGGGAUACUCUCAAGUUCACACAUUUAAGUAAGAUCUUGCCAUGUCUUAAACUUUGACCUUCAUUAUUUUUUAUAUAUGUCAAAUACUGAAAUGCUAUAACGAUUACAUAAAAAAAAAAAACAAUUAAUGGCUUAUGUGAUAUAUAUAUUAUACAUAAAUUUAAUCAUUUUAUAUAUAAUGAUAGUAUGGUAUUACUUUUUAUUUGCGCAAAAUUUUAAAUGUGCAAUAUUUUUUUGAUAUAUAUAAAUCAACGAUCGUUAUAUGAUAGGUUCUCUCAUAUUUACGUUAAUAAUAAAUUUUAUUUUACAAGUAGUCCAGUCUCGACUUUAGUGAAAUUGUACCCGCCUCUGUAGUUACUUAUGACGCCUGUUUGUCCGUUACAUGUCCUAUACACAGUAGUAGAGUAACCAAGCAAAAUGUUACCUUAAAUUAAGCCCUAUUUGUACCAAAGUAGAACGCUUUCAACUACAUGGCUUCUGACUCAUGUACCAUUUCAAUAAGUAUUUCAAGAAUAUUCGAUUGAAGAUUUUUUUUUAUUUUUAUUGUGCACAAAACUAUAUAUAGUGUGUUUUCAAAGAUGGCAUAAGUUUAUAAAAUUCUAAAAUAACGAUUUUACAUCAACUGGAAAAUAAUAUAAAAUCUAUAAUUUGAAGUUGUGUAGGAAAAUGAAUGAAAAUCAGUCAUCAAUAACUU